GCAAGGCUCAGCAUGUCACUUUCUGAUGCGGACAAGUCCACUCUCAGGUUUGCCUGGAAGAAAAUUGGCCCUAAUUUCGCCCAGCAUAGCCCGGAUGCAGUGUACAGGAUGUUUGUCAGUUUUCCCAGCACCAAGACUUACUUCCCCAGCUUUGCCAUUGCACCAGGAUCUCCUCAGAUCCAGGCCCAUGGCAAGAAAGUGGCCAAUGCCUUGAACAAGGCUGUGGAGAAUGUAGAUGACAUGCCUACUGCUCUGUCUGACCUGAGUGACCUACAUGCCCACAAGCUGCGUGUGGACCCAGUGAACUUCAAGUUCCUGAGCCACUCCAUGCUUGUAACCAUGGCCAGCAAGUACCCAUCAGACUUCACUCCUGAGGUUCAUGCCACCAUGGACAAGUUCAUGUCUGCUGUUGGCACCGUGCUGACCUCCAAAUAUCGAUAAGCAGAAGUCACCCUGCCCUACCUCAGGCCACACCUUCCUUCCUUCCUUCCCUCCCUGUCCUACACCUCUGUAUUUCUAAAUAAAGUUGAAUUGGUGGCAGUA